AUGCUGACGACGGAGGACUUCACGCGCUUCCCGCAGCAGAUGUGGGAGAAGGUGCUGUCGAAGGUAAAGAAAGCCGUUGUUUUCAUGGAUGACAAGUGCGCAGAAGCUCUACAUUGGAGUGGAGGUGCUGCUGUCUUGUUGGAGGCUGGAGCCAGAAAUUUAAAGGAGUUUUCGAGCUUCGAAGCCUGCGGUGCGAAUGAACCGAAAGCCGUGUUUGUUGUGAGCACUUUGUUGAAGGGCACGACGGUCGACAUCAUUAAAGACAUCAUAUCUCUCAGUCACUUCCAGUAUUGUGUCGUCAUCACCACCGUUGCUCACUCCGUGCACCUGCUUGCCAACAAUGUCACGACAGAAAUGGAAGGGAACCCCGUGUUCGAGCAGUUUGAAGAAAAGCUGUGCGAGUGGAUGGGGAACAUGAACUACACAGCAGAAGUCAUGCACGUCCCAGUGGUCUUCGCCCCUGUGUCACAGCAGCUGAUCCUCACGCCCAUGUUUGCACACCUCUUCCCCCUGCUCUCACCUGACCUGGAGUCAAUAAAUGCAAAACGACCCGAGAAGAAGAGGUUCGGAAGCCUGGUUGACAUAGACAUGCAGUCUCUCCCUGUUGAACUGCAGCUUGAAAUCAAAUCUUUAGCUUCAGCGUUAAAUUCAGUGUUUGAAGCGACAGGCACCAGGGAAGAGAGUUUUGCUGUGGGUCCCAUGAGCCGCAUCAUAGCAGGAGAGCUGGCCAAUCAUCCUCAAGCCAAAAACAGAAGGAAGACAGCCCCCAAUAAAGCAUCAAUCAUUUUUGUAGACCGAACAAUGGACCUAACAGGAGCUGUUGGUCACCAUGGUGACAACCUGGUGGAGAAGAUCCUGACAGUGCUGGAACCCUUACCUGGUCAUGUGACAGAUGUACAGGUGGACAUGCUGGAGCUCACAAGUCUGCAGCGAACCCCUCACUCCCAGACCACCCUUGCACCAGGCUGUCUUGCACAGACCCGGUCACCUGCAGCACAGUCACUAUGGGAGGCCAUGCUGACCAAUAAACAUAAAGAGGCAGUGAUGGAGGUCCGUCGGCAACUAGUGGAAACAGCCAGCAAGGAGAAGCUGCCAAUCAAGAUGAGCAUGGGCCGUGUGACCCCCGAGCAGCUGUGCUCCUACAUGCAGCUGUUCCGGAGCAAUUGGGGGGCGCUAGAGAGUCACUGCGGGGUGCUCCAGCUGGGCUUGGCCACGGCCCAGACGCUCCGCCACCCCGGCCUGCCCCGCUGGGACGCCUGCCUGGCCUUCGAGAGGCUGCUGCUGCAGGCCCUCGGAGACUCUGAGUUCCCUGCUGUGCUGCGGCAGCUGCUGCCCUUGAUGAAGCCCCGUGGAGGCGAGGACAGCACCGCCUCGGGGUCAAGGUCCAGGGAGGAUGAAUGCGGGGCCGACGAGCUGAUCCUUCUGCUGGUCUACCUGUACUCCCUAGCCGACGAGGCGCAGCCCGCAGACCAGGAUACCGAGGAGGAGGAGCUGGACAAGGUGGAGAGGGAGCUGAUAGGAGUGCUCACCCUGGUCAUCACCCGAGAGCCAGAACUCAGCCCUUUGCUCCAGAAACUCACCGGUUGUGCAAACCCAGAGGAGCUGACCACAGAGCGAGCCCACUCUGCCGUGGAGGAGAUGUUCGACACCCUCCGAGGUUUGAGUCACACCAGAGACCACCUGAAGCAGCUGCGCUCCGUCUACACCGCCAGUGACGGAGUUCACCAGGCGACCUAUCGUCCGUUCCUGCGGCAGAUCCUGGAGGAGGUCUUCCACCCUGACAGACUUGAAUGCCCCGACAUCGAGCACAUGUCCGGAGGCCUCACAGACCUGCUCAAAACCGGCUUCAGCAUGUUCAUGAAGGUGAGUCGCCCGCGCCCCAGUGACAACCCUGUGCUCUUCCUCUUCCUGGUGGGUGGAGUCACGCCAUCAGAGCUGCGUCUCAUCAAAGAGAUUGUCGCCGCACACAAACCGGGGACACAGGUGCUGGUCUUGUCCACCAGAUUACUGCGGCCGACGGAUAUCCCCGAGCUGCUCUUCACCACGCAACGGCUGCUCCCUGAUAUCGGUAUCUGAAGACAGCGUUGCGUGGAAACGCAUGCAUGCACACGUGUAAGGGCACGUGUGCAGCGUCUCGACGCCUCUUCAAGUGAGAGUGGAGCUCGGGUGUUGAGAUCGGAAGCCGCGAGUGGUUAUCGAGGAGGCGAGGAGCAAAGCAACAUUCCCAUCAUGUUAAUGUCGGCGUGUUCUGUCAGAUUUAAUUCAGCUGUUUAAUAAUUGUGUAAAAGCAGCUUUUGGCUUUAUUUUUCUUGGAGACAGUAAAGUAAAAAUGUACAUUUUGUGUGUAUGACUGACAGUAUCUCUGUUCCUCCUCUGAACUCAAAUCUGUCAAAAGCCACAAACGGUUUACUUCCAGCACGUCUUCAUUUUAAAUGUCAAUACAAUAAAAUCGACAACUUUUCAAACAGAA